AUGGAACUCUUCAGUGAAGUUGUGAUUCAAAACGACAAUAUAACGGCAAUUCAGUUCAAUGGCUCUAAUUUUGCGAUCAACUUUGUGGCUGCAAUAUACAAAACAAUGUCAACAAUUUUGCCUGCUAAUUCUGACAUAGAUCCAAAUGCGGAUAAACAAGAUAAGACGUCUAUGAAAGCAUUUGUCAAUUCUCCAAUACUGUCCCUGACAACUCAACCUAAUCUUGGAGAGUUGACCCCGUCUCUGAAUCUGGCGUUCCAACAUAUCAACAGUAUUGAGACAACUGGUAUGCGCGCCGUGUGUGUGUCUUGGAAUUUUACAGAAAGCAAAUGGACAGAAAAAGGAUGCAAAGUAAACGAAAGUGAUCAUAAAAGGACAGUUUGCCGGUGCAACCAUCUAACAAAUUUUGCCAUUCUAAUGCGGCCAUACUCUCCGGUGUUGGAAGAGAAGCAGUCCUUGAAGACGAUAUCUCUUGUUGGGAUGAUAAUCUCUCUAGCGUUCUCAUCUCUGACGUUUAUAAUCUACAUCUUGACUUGGAGAUCUAUCAGAAGUGACCAAAACAUCAUAAUGUUGAAUCUUUGUGGGUCGUUGAUUUCGUCAUAUGCCAUAUUUAUCUCUGUAGUGGAACAAACAGAAAAUGAGGUUGUGUGCACUGCGAUCACGGCCAUUCUUCACUAUUUCUUCCUGGUUACCCUCUUCAGUAUGCUGGGAAUUGGCGUCUAUUACUUCAUGCGUAUAUCAGUCACGUCCUACGCCAUGCGUGUGGCAAACAAUUUUGGAUCUAAGUCUAGAGUCCAUUGGUUCCUGGUAGGAAUAUGGGGCAUUCCUGUCAUUAUUACUGCAACAAACCUUGGAGUGUUCUGGGGAAAAGGUUAUCACCUAGAAAAAUAUUGUUGGUUGUCCAUGGAUGGGGGCUCUCUCUACCUGUUUAUUGUUCCUGUCUGUUUAAUAUCAUUCUUAAACCUUCUGAUUAUUGUUUCAUUGGUCAGAGUUCUAUGUGCUACAAGCGUAAUGACUAAAUCCUCUUUACAUAAAAAAGCGACGGCCGGACUACGAUCCUUAGGAACACUGCUUCCAGUUCUUGGUGUGACCUGGGUAUUUGGAAUUAUGGCAAUUAACGAAGACACAGAUAUCUUUCAGUACAUUUUUGUCGCUGCAAAUUCCUUACAGGGAUUUUUUAUAUUUGUUUCACACGUUUUGAUGAAUAACAAAGUGAUGCAAGGGUUAAGAAACAAGUAUCCAGCCUUCAGUUUAUGUAAAAGAAAAACUAAACACAGAAAAAUAGAAUCUGUUUCCAUUUCACGAAAUAAGUCGACAACUGAAUUUGAUUCUCCGCUUAAAGAAGAUAAGAAAAGUGGCAAAUUUGAAAGAUCUCGACAAUUGAAAAUAAAAAAGAAUAAAGUAAAGAAGUCCGAGUCUUUUAUGACUGAGAAAACGAUGUAUACAGAUUUCAAUCGCAGUAUAUUAAAAGAAAAUAGUUCAGUAAUGGCAAUAAAUAAAUCUGCGAUACAAAGGAUACAGAAGAUAGGAAUAAUAUCGGAAGGAAAAGACACGAGAAGAAUGUUUCGAUGGCUGUUCAGUCUAAAUACCCCGGAAGAAAACGGAUAUGGUGAAAAAUAUAAAAAGUUGGAAGAAACAUCUUGAACGCCAUGGGAUUUAUCAAAAGACAUUUAGACUUGCUCAAAUAUCUAUGUUGUUUUAACUUUUAACAUAUCUUUUGCAAAUUUAACUGAAUAUCACAAACUUUGUUUUCUGCUUUCAAUAAUACUCAAAUGUUGUUAACAUGUAUAGUCCAUUCUUGAAAUCAUUUAAAGUUAAUGAAAAGAGCUCGUUUUAUUAAAUAUCGAGACUUGAGCAUGUCUAAAAAUCUUGAUGUGAUUGUUUUUAUUUGACUUAUAAUUUCAUUCACUAGCUUAAUUUCAUUCAUAAGCCUAAUUACUGCAAAAAUUUGGCGCAAUACAUACACUGUAUUUGAAUACAACAUUAACUCUUUAUUCUUUGUUAUCAAAGUUCUCCACUGUAAAGAUCUUCU